AAUCUAUCUAUAAUGGUUAAGUAACUCCUCCUUCUUCUUCAUCAGAUCCCAAUUUACAACAAUUCAACUUCACACACACACCCUAAUCUCCGAUCGCCCGAUUCCAUUAUGGCUUGCAUCAAGGGGGUGGGCAGAUCCGCCUCCGUUGCCCUGGCUCCCGACGCUCCUUACAUGGCCGCCGGAACCAUGGCCGGAGCCGUCGAUCUCUCCUUUAGCUCUUCCGCCAAUCUCGAGAUCUUUAAGCUCGACUUUCAGUCUGACGAUCGCGAUUUGCCUCUCGUUGGGGAAAGCCCCAGCUCCGAGCGCUUCCAUAGACUCGCCUGGGGAAGAAACGGAUCUGGAUCCGAGGAAUUCUCCCUUGGUCUUAUUGCCGGCGGCCUUGUCGACGGAAAUAUAGAUCUAUGGAAUCCUCUUUCUUUGAUCGGUUCCCAGCCCAGUGAAAAUGCACUCGUUGGCCAUCUUUCAGUUCACAAAGGCCCUGUUCGUGGUCUUGAGUUUAAUGCUAUCAACCCAAAUCUACUUGCUUCUGGGGCUGAUGAUGGUGAAAUUUGCAUUUGGGACUUAUUAAAGCCUUCAGAGCCUUCUCAUUUUCCACUUCUCAAGGGUAGUGGUUCUGCUACGCAAGGUGAAAUCUCCUUUAUAUCGUGGAAUCGAAAAGUUCAACAGAUAUUAGCUUCUACCUCAUACAAUGGGACUACUGUAAUAUGGGACUUGAGGAAGCAGAAGCCUAUAAUUAACUUUGCAGAUUCAGUUCGACGCCGGUGCUCUGUUUUACAGUGGAACCCUAACAUUACUACUCAGAUAAUGGUUGCAUCAGAUGACGACAGUUCACCUACUUUGAAGCUCUGGGACAUGAGGAAUAUAUUGUCACCUGUGCGCGAGUUUACUGGACACCAAAGAGGGGUGAUUGCAAUGGAGUGGUGUCCAAGUGACAGCUCAUAUCUUCUUACCUGUGCUAAGGACAACCGAACGAUUUGCUGGGACACAAAUACAGCAGAGAUUGUGGCUGAGUUACCUGCUGGCAACAAUUGGAAUUUUGAUGUUCAUUGGUACCCAAAGAUACCUGGAGUUAUAUCAGCAUCAUCAUUUGAUGGGAAAAUUGGCAUCUACAACAUCGAGGGUUGCAGUCGAUAUGGUGCUGAAGAGAAUAAUUUUGGUACUGCUCCUUUAAGAGCACCAAAAUGGUAUAAGCGCCCGGUUGGUGCAUCUUUUGGAUUUGGGGGAAAGCUUGUAUCAUGUCACGCAAAGGCCCCUGCAAAGGGUACUUCGAGCAUUCUAUCCGAGGUUUUUUUGCACAGCCUGGUAACAGAACAGAGUUUGGUGAGUCGAACUUCUGAAUUUGAAGCUGCAAUAGAAAAUGGAGAUAUGACUUCUCUAAGGAGUUUGUGCGAGAAGAAAUCGGAAGAGACUGAAUCCGAAGAGGAGAAAGAGACAUGGGGCUUACUGAAAAUCAUGUUCGAAGAGGAAGGAACUUCAAGGACAAAGUUGAUCAGCCAUCUUGGCUUUACUUUGCCUAUUGCGGAAAAGGAUCAGGCAGUAAAUGGGCUCUCAUCAGAUCUGAGUGGCAUUAGAUUAGAGGAUACUGCGGCGGAUGCAAUGGAACCUGACGACAGUAACGAGGCAGCUGCAUUUGCUAUGGAUAAUGGAGAAGACUUCUUUAACAACUUUCCUGCUAAACCGGAUACACCUGUGUCUACAUCUGCCAAAGAUUUUAUGCCUUCUGACACAGAUUUUUCUACCAAAGGAGAAGAAACUCAAGAAAUGCAAGAAGAAGAGGAAGAAAGUUCUGACCCAGUAUUUGAUAAUGCCAUCCAGCGUGCUUUGAUUGUUGGAGAUUACAAGGAGGCGGUGGAUCAGUGUAUAUCUGCAAAUAAGAUGGCCGAUGCUUUAGUUAUUGCUCAUGUUGGUGGUACAGCGUUGUGGGAGAGUACACGUGAGAAAUAUUUGAAGACGAGCAGUGCGCCUUACAUGAAGGUUGUUUCUGCCAUGGUGAACAAUGAUCUCAGGAGCCUUAUCUAUACAAGGUCACAUAAGUUCUGGAAAGAGACUCUUGCUCUCCUCUGUACUUUUGCACAAGGAGAACAAUGGACCACCCUGUGCGAUGCCCUUGCCUCGAAGUUGAUGGCUGCUGGUAACACUUUGGCUGCAGUUCUCUGCUACAUUUGCGCAGGCAAUGUUGACAGAACAGUAGAAAUUUGGUCAAGGAGCCUUGCAAGUGAGCGGGAUGGAAGAUCUUAUGCUGAGCUUCUUCAAGAUCUUAUGGAGAAGACUCUUGUCCUUGCUUUGGCAACUGGCAACAAAAAGUUCAGCGCAUCUCUGUGUAAACUCUUUGAGAGUUAUGCUGAGAUACUGGCCAGCCAAGGGCUUCUUACAACGGCAAUGAAGUACUUGAAAGUUCUGGAUUCUGGUGGCUUGUCGCCUGAACUUUCAAUAUUACGUGAUCGUAUUUCUCUGUCUGCAGAACCUGAGACUAACACUGCAGCUUCAGGAAACACUCAGCCUCAAAGCACCAUGCCAUAUAAUCAGGAGCCAACUCAGGCGCAACCAAACGUUCUUGCUAACCCAUAUGAUAAUCAGUAUCAGCAACCAUACACUGAUUCUUAUUAUGUCCCCCAAGCUUCACAUCCACCCAUGCAGCAACCAACCAUGUUUAUGCCUCACCAAGCUCAGCCAGCUCCGCAGCCAUCUUUCACUCCAGCUCCUGCAAGCAAUGCUCAGCCAACCAUGAGGACUACAUUUGUUCCUUCAACUCCCCCUGCACUGAGGAAUGCAGACCAAUAUCAGCAGCCAACCAUGAGUUCUCAUUCAUUCACGGGACCAUCUAACAAUGCAUACCCUGUUCGCCCGGGUCCUGGUACAUAUGCACCUUCUGGCCCUUCACAAGCUGGGCAAUAUCCUAACCCUAAGAUGCCCCAAGUUGUGGCUCCAGCUGGACCCAUAGGAUUUACGCCCAUGGCAACUCCAGGAGUUGCUCCAAGAUCUGUGCAACCAGCUAGUCCUCCAACACAGCAGGCAGCUGCGCAGGCAGCCCCUACGCCUGCAACCCCGCCACCAACUGUUCAGACUGCAGAUACUUCCAACGUUCCAGCCCACCAGAAACCUGUGAUAGCAACGUUGACAAGGCUUUUUAAUGAGACAUCGGAAGCACUGGGAGGCGCACGUGCAAAUCCUACUAAGAAGCGUGAGAUAGAAGACAACUCGAGAAAAUUAGGUGCUCUGUUUGUGAAACUCAACAGCGGAGACAUCUCCAAGAAUGCUGCGGACAAACUCGCACAGUUGUGUCAAGCUCUGGACAACAAUGACUACAGCGCAGCCCUUCAAAUACAGGUACUUCUGACGACCAACGAAUGGGACGAAUGCAACUUCUGGCUGGCAACACUAAAGCGGAUGAUGGUCAAGGCGAGGCAAAGUGUGCGAUGAUUAUUUAUUUUCUGGGCUCAUGGGAAAUUUUUAUGAAUCUAAAGGAGGGACGUGUGUAUCAGACUCCUUUUGCUUUCUUAAUUUUGUUCUUUUAAAAACGACGUUGCUGCUCCAAUCUUUUUUUUUUUUUAACAUUUAUGAACCUCAUCUGCUGCAUCCAGUUACUCUUUUGUUUAGAUAAGAUAGAGAUCAUCAGGUUGCUUUAACAUUCUCAUGUUUUUGGAUGUUACCUUACCGGACAAGUUUGUACGUUU